UUGCCCUUAUCUUUAUCAAACUGUAUCUUUUACCGGAUACUUUGAAGUGAAGGUCGAGCCGACCCUUUUUUUGGAAAUGAAGGACGUAUUUACACCAGACUGAAAAGGCGAUUUAUUUAUGACGUUCACUCUUUACUUUCCCACCAAUAAUCCAUUCGUUUGAAUACUUUUACAGUUGUGUGCUUGCCUUAUACGGAGUUUUGACGUCCACGCGAUGGCGGACAACAAGCACCCGCACGUUAUUUUCUUCAAAGACUCGCCCAAACGAGUCCUGGUGUCCGUUAUUAAGACCACGCCGAUCAAACCGAGGAAAGUGGAGGCCAUGACGCCGACGAGUCCCGGUUUCAGCGACUUCAUGGUCUACCCGUGGAAGUGGGGGGAGAACGCCCACAAUGUGACUCUGAGCCCGGGCUCGCUGAGCGGGGCUUCGUCGCCGACCGGCACUCAGACGGCCCGGGAAGCGGACGCGGACGAUCUUUCAGCGGACCAGAUCCGGGACGGCAUUCGCAGAGGGCGCCCGCGGGCCGACACCGUGCGGGAGCUCAUAAACGAGGGGGAGACUUCGUCCAGCCGCAUUCGCUGCAACAUCUGCAACCGAGUAUUUCCCCGGGAGAAGUCGCUUCAGGCACACAAGAGGACACACACAGGAGAGAGGCCCUACCUGUGUGACUACCCAAACUGUGGGAAGGCGUUUGUCCAGAGUGGUCAGCUGAAGACGCACCAGCGGCUGCACACUGGGGAAAAGCCCUUCGUCUGCUCUGAGAAAGGAUGUGACAAUCGGUUCACACACGCCAACCGUCACUGCCCCAAGCAUCCCUUCUCCCGUCUGAAGAGGGAGGAGCCGAAGGAUAGCCAGGGGUCGGCUCAGUCGGUGGACAACAAGGCGGUGGCCGAGUGGCUGGCAAAGUACUGGCGGACUCGCGAGCAGCGGGCCCCCACGACCACCGGCACGGGAAAGCCACCGGGCAAGGCACGAGCCGAGGACCAGGAGCAGCAGGACCCCAUGGAGUUCCUCCAGUCCGACGAGGAGAACGGAGAGAAUGAGGAGGAGGAGGAGGAGGAGAAAGCGAAAGAGGAGAAAGGCGGCCAGGGAGGAGCCGCGAAGCGCCGCCUCCAGGAGCAGCGAGAGCGUCUCCACGGUGCUCUCGCGCUCAUUGAGCUGGCGAACAACCUGUCUCCCUGAACCCCCCCCCCCC